UUGGCAAGAUUAUUUUCAGCUUUGGAUAUUCAGGAUUCGCCUACCGUUCAGAGUCUCAUAAUGCAGGGUGAUGAUCCACCUUUCCUACCAGUGGGUACGGAUGUGAGCGCAAAAUACAAAGGUGCAUUCUGUGAGGCCAAAAUCAAGAAAGUUGUGCGUAACAUUAAAUGCAAGGUGACUUUAAAAGCUGGUGGCAUUACCACGGUCAAUGAUGAUGUCAUCAAAGGCACUCUAAGGGUCGGGAGUACUGUGGAAGUCAAACAGGACCCUAAGAAAGAAGCCAUGGAAGCCGUUAUCACGAAAAUACAAGACUGCAGCCAGUACACUGUUGUAUUUGAUGAUGGUGAUAUAACAACAUUACGACGUUCAGCACUCUGCCUUAAGAGUGGGAGACAUUUUAAUGAAAGUGAAACCUUGGAUCAACUGCCGCUGACACAUCCCGAACAUUUCUCUACACCGGUUAUAGCUGGAAGGAGAGGUCGUAGAGGAAGAGCACAGUCAGACGAAAGUGAUGGUGAGGGUACGGCCCCAGUGAAAGCGGAUAGUGCUGAGCGUGAACCCCACGUAGGUCGUGUGGUGUUAGUUGAAGCGGCGAGCGGUGCGGAGAGACGAAGACCUCAUCAGCCCGCCUUCCCAGCACUUGUAGUGGCUCCAACAGCACAGAUCAAAGUUAAAGAGGACUACCUCGUCCGAUCCUUCAAGGAUGGAAGAUACUACACGGUGCCGAAGAAGGAGGCUCGUGAGUUCCGUAAGGGCGCAGCACCCCUCGAGUGGUGCGGCGUGGAGGCGGCGCUACAGUACCUGGCGCACGGGGACCUGCCGCCGCACUGGGACCGGGACGCGCUGUUCAACGAGCCCAGGAACACCUCCGACGAUAGCUCGGAUGACGAGCCUCGUGAAGAAAAGGAUCACUUCGUGGCUCAGCUGUACAAGUUCAUGGAUGACCGAGGAACACCACUCAACAGAAACCCAACCAUCGCCAACAGAGAUAUUGAUUUAUAUAGACUGUUUAGAGUGGUACAAAAACUAGGAGGCUACAAUCGCGUUACGAACCAAAACCAGUGGAAGACGAUAGCUGACAAAAUGGGUUUUCAUCCAGUCACCACUAGUAUUACUAAUCUGUGCAAGCAGGCUUAUAAAAAGUUCCUACACAGCUUCGAGGACUUCUACCGUAAGCUGGGCGUGACGCUGGUGGCGCACCCUCGUGGCGCGCGCACGCCGCCCGCCGGCCGCUCGCUUAUCAGGGACAGAGACAAGCUGCCGCCCGCAGCCUCGCCUUCUACACCCGGCACGCCCGGACAGCGCAAAGACAAAGAUUCAGACAAAAGCGAGACGGAAAAGAGUGAUAAGAGUGACAAGAGUGAGAAAGAAGAUAAAGUUGAGAAACAGGAGAAGAAGGAAAAACCUCGCGCCAGUGACGAAGAUGACAGCGGGGACAACCAGCCGUUGAUAACUACUACACCCAAAAUCGAAAAGGACAAGGAGAAAGAGAAGGAAAAAGAAAAGGAGAAAGAAAAGGAUCGAGAAAAAGAAAAAGAUAUCGAAAAGGAUAAAGAAAAAGAUAAAAUUGUACCAAGUGAAGAUAAGAGUACAGUUAAACCUAGAUCACAGUCCAAGACGCGGAGCCUGCCGCCCGUCAAGAACGAGUCACACGAGAAAAGAACUACGAAAAGGAAGACGCUAUCUUCUAAAUUAGGUGAGAGCAGCGGCAAUACAUUAAGAGCGUCUCGCAGGCCCCACGUGUCUACAGACAGCGAUAGUUCCGGUAGAGCUUCAAGAUGUGGCCCAACGAAGAAAAUGCAGAAUCGUCGGAGCCAGAGCGCUAAUUCAGCGAGCAGCGGUAACACUAUCGCUUCAAACAGUAGCAAGAGACCGCGGAAAAGGAAGAACACUGAAUCAUCAAACAAUGAACCAGCCAGAUCGUCCGGACCCAGUGUGAAAGCUCAAGUCGGUGACAAACUUAAAGUAUACUAUGGUCCCACACAAUCAGAAUCAAAGGUAACAUAUGAAGCGAAAGUCAUUGAAAUAUCAUCAGAAGGUAUGCUUCGUGUACACUACACGGGUUGGAACACUCGCUAUGAUGAAUGGAUUAAACCGCAGAGGAUUGCUUUAAAUGUUACACAACAUGAUCAAAGAAAUAAGAAGGGAACUAAUCUAAGCAGACGCUCUCGAAGCAAACGCACAGAAGUUAUGUUUUCAGAAUCGUCCGCUCGCUCUGACAGCGACACUGAUUCAGACAGCGACGCGAGCGUUAAGAGACCACCAAAAAAAUCUGACGACAAAUCUAUUAAUAAAACACCUUCAAGAUCAAAAGAUACGAAAUCAAGCGACAGCAGUAGUUCAAGUAAACCGAGAAAGAGGCCGGUGAGGACUGUAUCGACUCCCGUGAUGACGUCACCAGCUAAGAAACCCAGGAUCAGCGUGUCGAGCCAACAUCAGGGACGAGACUAUGACCUGAACGAGAUACGAUCAGAACUAAAAGGACUACACUCAGUCAAACAAGAGGCAGAUGAUACUGGGAAAACAGAUAUAGCGCAGGACUCCAUCAUGAAUCCUAUAACUCAGCCGCAAGAAAUACCCGAGAAACAAGCAGAGGAUGUUUACGAGUUCAAAGAACCGGAACCUUUUGAGCUUGAGCUCCACGAUGAGAAGAAGAAGCGAACUCAUCGUAUUUUCGAUGAUAUUUCGCCAAGUAAAUACACAUCGACGCUGUCCAAGUCGCUGAGUGAAGAAAUAUCUGAGGAACCGUUGAGAGUUAGGCCGUCUUCAUUCAGAUCACCGUCCUUGUCACCGUUUAGAGACUUCGGGUCUAGUCGAGACGUACCCAGCAGGCAGAGUCCGGAAGAUGAUUCCAAUAACGCUCUUUUUUCCCUCGAUGACGAUUCAUUCCCCGGGGAAGGCAGUUCCGGGCCAAUCUUCGAAGGUUUCACACCAGCGAAGAAUCAAGAGACGUAUUCUAAGAAGAGCAAAGUGUCCAAACUACGGCAGUUGAUUGACGACUCACCGGACAGUCCGGCUGAUGACGAACAGUCUUCAGACGAUGAACCAGAACCGAUCGUUAAGGAAGAGAGGCAACCCAGCCCGGUGAUUAAAGUAACGGAAACUAGUAAACAGACGGAAAUAAAGAUGAUCAAAGACGAAAUAAAAACUCAAGAAACUAAAAAAGAAGUGACGGUCGUGAAAGAAAUACCACUAGCACAGAGUAUACCAGAACCGCCCAGUACACCACCACCGAAACCAAAACUAGAAGCUGCUAAACCGAAAUUAGAACUUCCCAGCCUAAUCAUAACAGCUGCAACUUCAAAGGAUAAAGAAGAAAAGAAGAUUGAGAAAAUUAUAAAGGAAGAAGUGAACGAAAAAAUAAUGAAGGAAACGAUCAUGAAUAUACCGUUACCAGAACCUAAAGAGCUACCGAAGAUAAAAGUAGAUCCGGAACUAUCCUCAAUAAUGGAACCGCCGUCGAGUCCAUUGAUUGAUACGGAGGAAGACAAGUCUGAACCUGACAGUCCGGCGAGGAUCGACGUACUCCCAGAACCACCGCCGGGCUUCCUGCUACAAUCAGAAGGACCUAAAAUAGCAGAGAAACUACUUAAAGCCAUCAACAGCGCUAAAAGACUAUCAAUCUCGCCACCUCCAGUCGACGAUAGACCCGACACGCCCAAAAAAGAUGUUAUCAUAGAAGAUAAAAUAUCACCAAUAUUAGAGAAACGACCGCCGAGCAAACCGGAGUUAAUGAAACCAUUGAAGCUUGAUCCCAUCAAACGAUCCUCCCCAGCUGACACAACCGACUCUAUAUUCGGCGAACCGUCCAAUCUAACUGACAUAAAACGAGAUCUAUCAGACAUCAAGAAGAUAAAACCUAAAGAAAAUACACCGCCUCGCUUACAGAGUCCGCUUAAUAUAUUGGAGAGGAGGAAAAGCGUCGCCGACCUGCCGCUGAGCGCGCCCGGGAAGAAUAAGGUUCUCAGCGACACUAUACAGAAACUGUCGAGUCAAAUCAACCAGUCAGUAGCCGCGGCCAGUAUACCGCUACCACCCUUUCCGCCCGAAGACAGGAGCGAAUCCAGUGAUUCAGACGAUUCUGAUAGAAGGUUGAUAAUCGACAAGCUGUCAGUGGAGGAGUGGGCUGGUGGUAGUGGUAGUGGGGGCGGAGUCACCACCAACGUACCGCUCGCGAGGACACAGACCGCCGUGAGGGCGCUGCACGCGGGGAAGUCCCCGGGCGAGUGGAGCGCGGGGGAGUCCCUGCUCAUGCUGGAAGAUGCUUGUAAAAACGAACGGAAACACAGCGCAAGCGUAGUAGUAGCAGGUGGUACACGGCCGUCGGGGUCCGCAGCUACCCCAAUGGUAGGUCCUGAAGAGGACAGCUGCGCCUUAUUACUGUGUGAGGAGACGAUCCCGGGGUCCCCUGCACCGGACACGGAGCCCGCGCCCCCCACACGAGCCCUGCACCUACCCUUCGCCUGCACGCCGCAACACCACCCCCAGAAUACACACUCACAUAAAGCGGAGGAGCGGCGAGGGUCCGGUGGGUCAGGAUCAAGUGGUGCUGGUGUGUCCGGUGUGUCAGGAGUGUCCGGUGUGUCGGGAGUGUCCGGUGUGUCAGGCGCUGCCGGGGACGAGUGGUCACGACGAAGGGCGCUCCUUGACAACACGCCGCCAACCACACCUGAUAGCAGCCUCGACCUAUCGCCAAGGGAGCGACGUAUUUCAGAGCGAGACAGUCCGUCUGACAGAAAGGAAGAUGAUGAAGACGCUCCGGUACAAGACUCAUGCGUCGCGGACAUCGACAAACCACAUAGCAGCGGUCGUUCCCGCAAGGCUUCGGAGUCUUCAGGCCGCACGAGAACAAGGCGGAGACGAGACACGGACGACACUCACGCGCCGCCCGCACUCAAAUAUAACUUCUAUGUGGACCUCGAUCCGUCGUGGGAUUGUCAGACUCGUAUAAACGUUCUGUCGACUCGUCUAUCCGAUCUACGCAAGGCGUAUCACUCAGUGAAGGCGGAGCUGGCUGCCAUCGACAGGCGGAGGAAGAAACUACGGCGGAAGGAACGAGAAGGUAAACUACUAGCUGACACUACUAAAAUAGAUUUUAUAUAUAAAUAG